GUUCAGCAGUGUCCUUAGCUUCUUGAAACCAACCAGACCCAUCUUCGAGAACCAAUGGGCACUUGGCGACUAUAGAAAUUACCUGCCAUGCCUUCUUGCCACUCCAAAGGCCUUCCGACGCUGGAAUAGGAGCACCAGUACUGGUGCUCAGUUCUCUUUCGCUCGAUCGAUUGGAUCAAUCCGUCCCUGCCGAGCCCCAUCGCCUUUUCCCGCUAGCCAUGCCCGGCUGAGAUGCAUGUUCUGAAUGUAUACGAUAUCUGCCACCGCCAUCAAGUGUCAUCAUCUCGCUACUGUCUGCAUAAAGCGCGGGCGGAGUACUCCGUUCGCUCGAGUCUCCGCCGCAACUAUGCCCUCGUCACUCUUGAUUACUGGAUUCGGCGUCAAAUACCCGCCGAAUUUGUCGCUCACGGAAGACCUGGAUAAACUGGCGUACAAGUGGUAUCCAGCAUCCCCCGCAUUGGAUAAGGUCCUCUCAAUCAACCGUCGCACCGGAAUCAAAUCGCAUUCCCUCAUCUACCCUCUUCUCGAUCUACCCUACCCCCCAUCCAUCAAGGAAGUAUCCGAGAUCUUCAAUCGGGAAGGCAUUCCGCUGUCCAAAGCCGCCGCCCAAGCCGCGCUCACUGAAGCAGGUCUGACACCCGCCGAGGUCACGCAUGUCGUCGCUACGACAUGCACGGACGUGUCCAACCCCGGCUUUGACUCGCGACUCGCGCAGGAGCUCGGGCUCCGCCCUAGCAUCGAGCGCGUGCUGCUGAGCGGCGUCGGAUGUGCCGGCGGUCUCGCGGCUCUGCGGCUUGCGGCGAGUCUGUGUCAGUCGGCCGCGUGGAGGGGGGAGCCAGCGCACGUCUUGGUUGUGGCCUGCGAGAUCACGAGCACGAUGCGGCGCGACGAGCUGGAGCUGAUCGCCAAGGAGCAACAGGUGCGUAUCGGGAUCACGCUCUUCGGCGACGGGGCCGCUGCGUUGGUGCUUUCGGUUGCCCCGACCGGCACUGGACGGGGAAUAUAUGAGCUUGUCAACUGGGCCCACCUUACGGUGCCCGACACGCAGUCUGAUCUGAGGAUAGACGUUGACACUUCUGGUUUCAAACCAACACUCUCUCCGCGCAUUCCCACCCUGACCGGCAAAUGCGUGCCUUUGCUGUACGACGCGUUGUUCAGCACACUGCCCGCUGCAUCGACAGCUCUGACGACGCUGCCUCCACCUUCCGACAGCCGAACACGCGAAUUCGAUUGGGCAGUCCAUCCGGGAGGAGCGGCCAUUCUCAAGGCCGUCCAAGACACGAUGGCCGUCGAUCGAGAACAUUUGAAGGCGAGCUGGGACGUCUACGAGAGCCACGGGAACACAAGCUCGGUCACGGUUCUCAGUGUGCUCGAUGUUUUGAGACGGGGAGAAGGCCGUGAAUGGGUCGUCAGCAUGGCUUUUGGUCCCGGCGUCACGGCCGAGGGUGCUCUCCUACGACGUUUAUCUACAUCAUAAAUCUAAUCAGUCGUGAAUAAUACUCGGUCAUGUGUACGAAAUGAUCAUCAUGCUUGGUCACGAUCUACGUUGAUUCGGUCCUCAUUCUUAUGGCCGCGCCAGCUUCGGAGACACUACAUUCCAUAUCGGCAGACUCUCGGUCACCGUCAAUACUACCACACCGAGGUGCCCUCCGAUAAGGUCUCUCGCACCUAGGGCU